AUGCAUACUGCCAACAUUCUCAUCCUCACCACAGCUAUUGUAGCUGAGACAUGUACCGCUCUGGGAAUCAACUGCCGUGGCAGUGGUCUUUGCCUUGGAAAUAAUGGUAUCCUGGGCAAUGCACAAAACAAUCUUCGUGCCAUGGAUCCCAACCAGCGCUUCACCGAUGGCCAGCACAUUACCUGUGUCAGGGCCUCCAGUCCCACUCAUCCAUUUCUCUGCAUCUUCUACCAGAAUACUGGCCGCAGCUGGACGGUCAGCCAGACUAUUGACCAUGUUCAAAACCUCAUUGAUCAUGAAUGCUUCGCUUGUGGUUCGGAUCCUACUGACCCCGGCAACGAUGUAAAGCAUGGCCAGUUGACGGCUAACAUGGUUGUUAACGCUCGCCGUGGCAUGGAUCAGGUGUUACAGGUCCGCACGGUUGAUACUCGCGACGUUACGGAUGAAAAGGCUUAG